AUGGAAAUGUUCGCUUCUAUUGAACUCCUUGUUGUUAUAUUUCAGGAAUUAUUUGUGCAGCAUCUAGCCACAUGUGCAUACAAAAACAGCAGUUCGGAAAAGAAGGAGCUAACAUACAAUCACCUGGCUGACUGUGUGGAGAACUCUGAAACAUUCCAGUUUCUAGCUGAUAUAUUACCAAAGAAGAUCUUAGCAAGUGAAUACCUGAAGAUGCUCGAGGAGGAGAAAGGAGGAGGAGGAGGUGGUGAUGAAGAAGGUGAUGACGGAAAUGACGAGGACCGUGAUGAGGAUGAAGAUGAGGAUGAAGAGGAAAAUGAAUCUUAAAGAAAGUUGCAAAGUGCCCUUUCACUACCAGCAUUUCACUGGUGAUUGUACAAAAGCUGCAAUAUGCAGCAAGAGGAAACCUCAAUACCCAGGACUAUAAUGUACUUUGGGAUGAAUCGGCACAAACCUGCAUAUGCAAAAGUUGUAAAUUCCAAAACAUAAGUAACUGUGAAGAACUGAGUAAUGAUCAAAUAGGAAGUCUGGAGUUAGCGUUAACAGUUCCUUCAGUUCAAUGAUAGGAAACUGCUGUUUUUAUUUUGAAAAGACAUGAGUUUUUUUUUCCCUUCCUGGUUGUGUUAUUGGUAAAUAACAGGACAAACUUGGUAUAAUAUUGUGUAAAUAUGUGAAAUAUACUUUUGUAUGUUUGGAAAAAUAAAGAUACAAAUGUAUUA